AUGGGUAUAGUCUAUAGUAACACGAAUGAAUGGUCAAAAGCACGUUCGUAUUACGAGAAAGCAUUAGAAAUCUACCAAAAACAACUUUCCCCCGAUUAUUCUCAUCCAGGAAUUCUUUACAAUAAUAUCGGUUUACUCUGUGACAAUAUGGAAGAAUAUUCAAAUGCACUUGCAUUUUAUCUGCAAACGUGGAAGAUUAAGGAGCAAACGCUUCCAUCCAAUCAUCCUGGAUUGGCGACAUUGUACAAUAACAUCGCGACUGUUUAUAACAAUAUGAAGGAGUAUGCAAAAGCGCUUUCAUUCUUUGAAUCUGCCUUGGUUAUCAAACAGAAAACUCUUCCUCCUAACCAUCCGAGUCUACAAGAUGUAAUUCAAAGUAUUGAAUACUGUAAUAAGAACCUAUGA